UAGUAAAUGGCAUUGUGUCCUGGAAUGGCCUUCUUACACCUUCCUUUUGGCAUAAUUCCCUAAACCUUCAGAGAGGAACACACUCAAGAAUAGCAUGGCAUGGCACAAAGGAGUCUUUCUCAGCCAGCACAUCCAUCAUAUGAUAGAGUUCAAUUCUCCAAACCCUCUAGCUCAGAAAGGCUAAUAAAAAGGGUUGUUGCAGGAGGAGGAAAAACAGACUUUGGAAAUUUGUACAAGAGCUUGUCUCGAUUACAACAGACUUCUGUGUUGAUCCUAAUCAGAUUCUUAUGCAACUGACACAGUUCUAUCUAGAAGUAGGCAGAAAUAACGGCUGGUCAUUUCUUCCUCUUUCUGGGUUUAUCUAUUUCAGAUGUUCUUGAGAUAUGAAAUUCAAUCAAAAGACAGUAUAAUAAAAUAAAAUUAAAAAGAUAAGAUACUGUAUAUGGGAGCUUUGAAUCAAAACAUUAAGCAGUCAGCAAAGGUGAUUUUCCAAAUAAUUGUGCAUAUGCUAAAAUUUAUGGUGCAAAGUUUGGUGUUUCUCAGUUAUUCAACUGGUUAAACCAAACUUAUGAGGGAAGAAGCAGAGAAUGAAUGAAGACAUUAAGGAUGCAGCAGGCAGAUAGAAAGAAAGAAAUAGAUAAACAGUCAAGAAGGAAUAUAAACCAUAACUGCUGAAAUUCUUUGAAUCUCCCUGUUCUGAUAAAUAGAGCAGAUUUGUUUGACGUAUCACACAAGGGUCAACAGCCCUUUUAAAAGGACAGUAGGAGACUGGUCUCUCCCACGUAUUUCUUUAUAUAUGAAAAAGAUUUAAAGCAAGUCAUGUGAAGCACAUGGACAAUAGAAUUUCUCCAAAACUGUCCAAUAUGGAUCGACAUACCAGUAUAUAUGGUUGACAUGAUUCAACACCUGUUUAAUGUAGGUUUAUGCUUUAGUUCAAAAGCUGCUGAUGUUAUGAAGCCAUUUUAUUCAUUAGUUAUCUCCAUUUUUAUUAUUUGUAUAAAUAACUCAAGACAUACCUAACAUGCUUUUAUCCUCCUAUUUCUCCCAUAAACAACAAAACUGCCAUAUAUAUGCUCUGUUUCUUCAAAUCUCACUCCAGACUCUGCCCUCAAAUUGGACCAAAUUACAUCCACAGUAAUCUGGAGAGGACAUUUCUGGUUCAAUGCCUCGGAUUAACUCGCAUUAUCUCCACGCACUCACAAGGAAUUGCUUACCUUCAGUCAGAGGGAGCAUUUGCUAGGAUACUGUUAGGAUAAAAUGGCCAGCAAAUGGAGUAAAAGUAAACUGAAAAUUUAUUUAUUUGGCAAAUUUAUAUAGCUGUUAAUUUCAUGCAUGUGACUUACAAAGCAACUUACAAAGGUAAAAACACAAAAACAUUACCAAAAAAAUGUUCCACACCUAUCUGUGGAAUCCUUGAUGCUCUUUAUCAGUAUUGGGAGGAGUGUUAUUUUCUUGUAAAUAGUUUUUGAUUAGACUGUUGUUUACUGUUUGACUGUUUGUCUGAAUUAGUAAUUCCUUGAGUGGAGUAUUGUUUACUGCUUGAUUGUUGGUCUAAUACUAAUCCUGAUGUUAAUCCUUGCUUAUCUGAGUGUUGAUUGCAGGUGAGGAGGUAUUUUGCUUUUUUUUCUUUCCUUUUUAGCUUUUUUGAUAGUCAUUUUUGAACGGUAUGUAAAUGUUGUUCAUCUUUAUUUUACCUCUAUCUAGGCUGAUAUGUGCUGAAGUCUCCUGCAGAGCUGUUUAUCUCCCACCAUACAACAUGACACUUAAUCGUAUUUUUCAUCUGGCUGAGUUUUAGUUUUUCUUGUUAGUUUUAUUCUCAGAUUUUGUGAUAAUGAGUGGAAGACUAAAAGUAUUAACUGGCAAACUCAAAAGUCAUAGUAUAGUAUCCAAUGAAAGCUUUAGAGGAAGUCACCUGAUUGCUUAUGUGUGCAUAUAAAGGCAUAUAUAAAAAGUAAGGAUCUAGCUUUACAGACAAAGUGGAAUCAUGAGGUUCAUUCUUACAUUUCUAGGGCUCCUUUUUACACCUCUGGGGGUUGUUCUCACACAUUCCUUUGACAGUGACAAAGUAUUUCAAGUGAAACUUGAGAAUGAAAAUCAAUUAAAUGUCUUGAAGGACCUGGCAUCUACAAUACAGCUUGAUUUUUUGCAUCCUCAUUCAGUUCAAUAUGUUCUUAUUGAAAAAAAAAUGGAUUUCUGAGUCAGUUCAGAUCAGAUAAACUUUGUUCAAAAGAUCCUGGAGCAAAAUCAAAUCCAAUAUAGAAUUUUAUUCCACAAUCUACAAGAUGAAAUUGAGAAACAAUUGGAUGGAGGAAAACUUUUCCGUAAGAAAUACUUCUACACGAGAUAUAAUGAAUGGAAAAAGAUUGUUGCAUGGACUGAACGAAUGGCCAAAAAACAUCCCAAACUGAUAUCCAGGAAUGAGAUUGGAAAGACGUAUGAGGAACGGCCUAUGUAUGUCCUUAAGGUUGGGAAACAGAGUGGCCAAAAGAAAGCUAUAUUUAUGGAUUGUGGUAUUCAUGCACGAGAGUGGAUCUCACCAGCCUUUUGCCAAUGGUUUGUAAAAGAGGCUGUCACGACUUACAGUAUAGACAAGGACAUGACACAACUCUUGGACAACAUGAAUUUCUAUGUUCUCCCAGUGUUCAACAUUGAUGGUUAUGUCUGGACAUGGACCAAAGACCGCAUGUGGAGAAAAAACCGUUCCAAUAAUUCAAACAGUGAUUGCAUUGGCACUGAUCUGAACAGGAAUUUCAAAGCUUCUUGGGGCUCAGACAAAGUAGGUGGAUUGCAUGACCCUUGUGAAGAGAUAUACUGUGGUUCGUCAGCAGAAUCUGAGCCAGAAACAAAAGCAGUCACAGCCUUUAUUCGUGCACACCAUGCUUCUAUCAAAGGUUAUAUAACCAUCCACGCCUAUUCUCAGAUGCUGUUGUUUCCUUAUGGCUAUACAAUAGGAGAAGCACCUACUCAUGACAAACUGAAUAAAUUGGCUAAGGAAGCUGUAGAUGCUUUAUACAGUCUCUAUCAAACAGAGUAUAUAUAUGGAGCAAUUGCAACCACAAUUUGUAAGUAUUUGUAUUUGCAAAACUCUGCUUUUUUAUGCUUUUUACACUGAAAAGUUUACAUAUUUGCUUUGACAUGUUGGGAUAUUUUAUUCUGUAACUUAUAAAUACUUAAGAGAGAAUGCUAUAAGACAGUGAUGACGAACCUUUUAGAGACUGAAUGCCCAAAAACUGGCCCCACCCCCACUCCAGCUCCCAGCUCCGCCCUCACUCUGCCCCCCCAUUCCCUGCCCCACCUGCCCA